UAUGAUAUAUAAUUCCCUUUGUUCUCUAACAGUGUGAAGAAGCUUCCAAUGGCUCGGAGUCAGUCACCAAGCUACUAGGCGCAGAAGGACCCUCUGAUAGGUAUUAGUUUGGACUAUAUUCUCACUAUUAUUUGUAUUCUGCUGUUAUUCUGUUUACCAUUAUUAUUAUAAAAUAACUAUAACUCUCUGCCUGUAACUUUUCAUUUCAGCGCCAUGCCCAGAUCUCUGGAAAACUUCAAUCUGGGAAAAGUAUUGGGUGAAGGCACCUUUGGAAAGGUGUUCCUGGCAGAGUACAAGGACACAAAACAACUGUGUGCCAUAAAGACCCUCAAGAAAGAGAGGAUUAUUGCCAAGAAUGAUAUCAAGAGUGUAUUCAAGGAGAAGCGAAUCCUUCAGAAGGUUACCAGCGCAGAGCACCCAUUCCUGGUUUCCUUAUACGCCACAUUCCAGAGUGAGAAUCACCUCUUUUUUGUAAUGGAAUAUCUUCCUGGAGGUGAUCUGUGCCAUCUGCUCGAGCAUCAAGGAGCAUUUGAGGAAUCAAAAGCCAUGUUUUACACUGCCUGUAUAGUGCUCGGCCUGGAGGAAUUGCACCGGAACAAUAUUGUUCAUAGAGAUCUGAAACUGGAAAAUCUAAUGGUGGAUGUACAUGGCUAUCUGAAAAUCGUGGAUUUUGGCCUGAGCAAAGAUGGUAACGUUUGUUAUAAUUGCAAAGCAUAUAAGGGAAUAGUUGGGGUUGAUUUGGAUGAUAUAUAUAUAUAUAUAUAUCUGUGUAUGUGCAGUAUGUAUGCAAGCAGCUGAGGGAAGUCUCUCACAGAUAGGGGAUACAGAUCAUCUUACUGUGUUUUCUUGUCUUUAAGGUUUCAGAUAUGGAGAUUGCAGUAAGACCCGGUGCGGAACAAACUGCUACAUGGCCCCAGAGAUCAUUGAUGAGAUGGCAUACAGCAGGGCCGUUGACUGGUGGGCCCUUGGGGUUGUGUUAUAUGUCAUGAUCAUGUUCCAGUUCCCAUUUGAUGCAGAAGAUGACAUGGAAUUAUUUGAGAGCAUCAGGAAUGACAAACCUGCCCUGACAGAGGAAUUGUCAGAGGAAGCUCAGUGCCUAAUACUAAGAUUACUGGAGAAGAAUCCAUGUGAUCGCCUAGGAUCCAGCGAGGCCGGUGCUGAAGAGGUUAAAGCCCAUGAAUUCUUUGAAGAUAUUGAUUGGGAAGAAUUUCUUGAAAGAGAACUGAUGCCUCCAUUUAAACCAGAUGUCAGUGGCCUUACAGAGAGUACCAGGCAAUCUGAAUGCCAAGCCUGGGGAUUAAUGCCACCAGCUGAAGCGAUAUCACCAGAGGCACAAGAGCUAUUUGAAGGAUUUGACUAUUCAGCUGAGUGAGAGGCAAUUGCAAGGGGCAGAUAUAUGGCUGGAAAGGGCGGGUGGUGGGCCAGUCCAUAUACAAAUCAGAAGCCUCAAUGACUUAAAGUUAAUAUCAGAUGCCCCAAGUCAUCCGUUUCUGAAGGAACAGUCUAAUGGCGGUGCCAAAGUAUCUGUACGUCAGCCUUAAGGGGCAGAGUUCUGGACUGAGAUUCAAAAGAGACCCUGGCAUUUUAAGUACAGAGAUCCAAACAGCCCCUUGUGGCAUUUGCCAGAAUCUACAGAUUGCCACUCUGGGCCUGCCCCAGAUACACAUGAGAAGCCUCAUUGGCACAAAAUGGAUAUCAGAUUCCCCGACAUCAAGUUGUGGAGGAACAGCCUAAUGGUGGAACAACAGUACCUGCAGGUGAGCCCACGUUCCUACAGAUAAACCCUUUAUAAGUUCAGUUACUAAAAGCCAUUAGUAAAUGUUAUGUACAUGUUAAAUAAAAACAAAUAAUUGCACCAUUUUAAAAGUUUCAAAUGUUUCCACAGCAGAAACUUGCAGAUUACUACACAAAUGUCUCCAUCUGCGUCAGCCAAAAAAGGUCUAGUACCAAGGAGUGAGAUGGAGCGACUGCGGUCAAAGGAAAUCUCAUCGAGUUCUCCCCUGCGCUCUCCUAGGAACCCAGGACAGGAAGGAGCUGCUCUCAUAUAUUUCAAGUUUUUCAAAAUACAUUUCUAUUAGAUCAACCUGGGUUAUAAUUAAAGGGGAACUACUGUGAAAAUGGA